CAUUCAUUGUAUAUAUAAUUUUUCAUUUGAUAGUGAAGGGAAAUUAUUAGUUAUAGCUUUUAGAUACGCUGAAGUAAUUAUGUUCUCUUAAUUAUUAUUAUUAAAUCCGGCUGAAAUCCCAGCGUCAAAUAUCUCGUGUCAGUGCUAAAAUGCAUAGUGAUUAAAAUCACAAUUUGUUUUUAGCUUAUUCAGCGAACACCUCUUGAGAUCGGGUUCAAUUCAAAAAGAUGAGUAAUUAAGCUAUUUCCCCCCAUAUUUUUUGCACAGCUUAUGCUAUUUUGUGGGAGGAUUCGUAGCUGUCAUUAGUUUUUAUUUGAGUUCCAUGACUUUUUGUUAACUCACUGUUCUCAUCGAUUUGGAACUGGUUUUCUCAGUCUUUUGGUCAUUUAAAUAUGCGAAGAUGGGAUUGAGAAAGUCAGUCGCGAUUGGGAGGUGUGUAAGUCAAAAUGUCGAAAAUGUUAAGAUCGUGGACUUUUGUUCUGUUUGCUUACUUUGCGUUUGUGGAGUCUGCAUUGAUCGUUCCGAGAAUCAAUAAUGAAAAUGGUUUCCUGCUGGAACCAUCUAAUGAUGGAUAUGUCUUGAGUAUUCGACAUCCGGAUGGCACAAGUUGGCGAGAGGAGACAGUGCAAGAGGUUUCACCCGGAGAAUUAGAGGUAAAGGGAACGAUCAAUCAGGCUUUUGAAGAUCAAGGUGGCACUCUUGUGGUAAUAUACGAGGCUGGACGCAAUGGAUAUGUGGCAAAGUAUACAUACGAUGGCACAGGCAAACCAACACCGCCGCCAUUCCAACCAUUUUUUUUAAGUGCCAAAUCUCUAAUGUCUGCAGCUGGUUAGAAUUGAAUAUUGUAUUCGCUUGAAAAUAGAUUUAAAAUGAACGAAGUAUAUUUGAUUUCACUUUUCA